AUGACCCGUCGGGAUACGAUCCAGUGUAUCCAUGAGCCGUUUGGCGAUGCCUUCUACUAUGGCCCCGAGAGGUUGGGCACCAGAUUUGCCGCCGACGAACAGGCACGUCUGGACAGCGGCUUCAGCCAGUCCACUUAUCGUACGGUGAUGGAUAGAAUCGAGCGUGAAGCUUCUGAGGGCAAGAGAGUCUUCAUCAAGGACAUCAUCCACUAUCUCCUUCCUCCAGACGGCAAACCCGCCAGCCUCGCGCCAUCCUUGAACAGGAUCAAGCGUGGAGUGGGUACCGAGCAGUCUGUCCCCGUAGAUCACCCGGUCGGAGGUGUGAAUGGUGUUGUCCACAACGGUGGUGUCCACAACGGUGACAACACCAUCACUCACACCAACGGCCACUCGGCUCACGGCAUGGAGGCAGAAGAAAGCCCGGUCGCGAACGGGGUGCACGCAGCGGCAACACAAAAGCCGGCCAGCACACUCCCGUACGACACGGAACCUGAACCGGGCAAUCCCACCGUGAUGCCACAGGAACUGUUGUCCAGGUUCCAUUUUGCCUUCCUUAUCCGCGAUCCGCACUACAGCGUGCCGUCGUACUACCGCUGCACGAUCCCGCCGCUGGACAAGAUCACUGGGUUCUAUUAUUAUGACCCAGCUGAGGCAGGGUAUGACGAGGUGCGGCGCACCUUCGACUACCUGCGUAGCGUGCGGCUGAUUGGCCCGCAUAUUGCCACGCGAGAGGAAGACGCCGACGAGAUCGAUCACCGACUCAAGCCGGUGGUCAGUGGCAUCGGGGAUGCGCACGAGUCGAGCACGGAGAUCUGCGUGAUUGACGCAGACGACAUGCUGGACAAUCCGGGCCAGAUGCUCGAGGCGUUCUGUCGUAGCGUCGGCCUGGAUUAUGAUCCGGGCAUGUUGGACUGGGAUAAUGAGGCCGACCAUCGGUUCGUCAACGAGGCCUUUGAGAAAUGGAGAGGGUUCCACAACGAUGCCAUCGAGUCGAAGGGAUUGGAGGCACGACAACAUAAACGACCAGCCAAAACAGAGGAAGAAUUCGACAUCGAAUGGUGUAAGAAAUAUGGUCCUGAAGGCGCCGCCUUGAUCCGUAGUACCGUGGACCAGAACAUGGCGGAUUAUCUUUACAUGAAGCAAUUUGCCAUGAAAGUGUAA